UUGGGAAACGCGUGGGGCACGGGCAGCGGUCCGCCGUGGGUGGGCCCGACCCCUCGCCACGCCUCCCGUGGCCCCAACCCCGCUGUCGGGCUCCGGUACGGCACGCAACGCCCAGCCGAGACCGGGGACGGAGGCCGCGGACACCGGCGGGCGAUGGCAGGAAAAGCCCACAGGCUGAGCGCGGAGGAGAGGGAGCAGCUGCUGCCAAACCUGAGAGCCGUGGGGUGGAACGAGGUGGAAGGAAGAGAUGCCAUCUUCAAAGAGUUCCACUUCAAGGACUUCAACCGGGCCUUCGGCUUCAUGACCAGAGUGGCUCUACAGGCAGAAAAACUGGACCACCACCCUGAAUGGUUCAACGUGUACAAUAAGGUUCACAUCACCUUGAGCACCCACGAGUGCACGGGCUUAUCCGAGAGAGACAUCAACUUGGCCAGCUUCAUCGAGCAGGUUGCAGCUUCCCUGUCCUGACUAGAGAGAGACACAUGAAGCCAAACAUCAACUCUGCCGCAGCCACAACCCACGCCUCGCCUGGACGACUGCACCUCGAGCCUUCUCCCACUUAUUUCCAAGCUAGUGCCUAGACCCAGACUGCCUAAGACCACAGCAAGCUCCCUGCCACACACAGCUUGGCAGUUCAGAUGGAUGGAGGCACCCAGGAAGCCUUUCCUCCUGUGCUUACAUCCAUCUCCGACCUUACCACUUCCGUGCUUAAGCCCUUUACCUGUGCCCAGGCUGCCGAGCCUCAGGGGCUUUCAGGAGACAUGCCCUUUAACCAGGAGUAAGGUUAGACCACUGCAGGAGUACAUCUUUCCAGAGCUUGACCCCAUCCGCUCACUGUGAUUGCUUCUUGUGUACCAAAAUAAGCUUUACUAUUCACUAGGUGCUAUGUGGACCCUUUGGUUUAUCCCACACCAACGACGGUGAUGUGCAACGUGGUUAUUAAUUUAACCUCCCUCUGGCAGUAUUAUAAGCAGCCAUGUGAUCUCUCCCCUCUUGUAACCGGCUUUUAGUAGGAUACCAGCUCAAAGUGUUUACAAUAAAGCUCUUGGUUAACCUGA